AUGCAGGUGCUCUCCCGACACCGCCGGAUGUUUUCGAACCCCGGACCGUCGCCACCGCCGGAACCCGUUCUGCCAGAGGACACGAACCGGAUCCUCAUCGCCGUGCGGAGUCAUUACAAGCUCCGUCUGCGACCGGAUGACCACCUCUUCGUCGCCGUGUCGCGUUUACUCAACGGCGAGCUGGUGCGGCAGCGAGCCAUCCGCCGUGGCGACAACGCCAUCACCGUAUGGGAUGACAAGAUUGUCAUCACGACGGCGGGGCGUAUGGACGUCGACUUUAUGCUCUGGGCGGUUAGCGAGACGGAGGCGACGUACCGUGAGGGCUGGCUGGUGACGGGUGUCGCGAGGGAUCCGAGCAAUGGGAGCUUGUUGUGA